AUGAAAAAUUUAAUAUUUAAGAGUGCUUUAGUUUUAUGUAUAGUAGUUGUUAAUAGUGUUCAUUCUCAGUUGAAUUCAAACGAUUUAUCUUAUGGAUCGGAUGAUAAAAAACUAAUUCCAAGGAAAGAUGACUUGAUACAUAAUUAUGCAAACCUUACAAGCAUUAAAAGUGUAUUAGACCUGUUCAGUAUUGACGUUAUUGGAUCGAAAUGGAUGCAAAUUCACGACAAACUAAGCACAGUAUGUUCCCGACAUAUGAUUGAAUAUUUAAACGGACUGGACAAAAAGGAGAUUUGGGCUCUUAAAAUGGAUGAUGCUUCUGGUCAUUACUCAAGCGGAUUAUUCUGGGGUAACAAUUAUUGGACCGGAUCUAUGACAUUAUGUAGAAGAAUUUAUAGAGAAGAUUCAGAUGAACAUUUUGUAAUGAAAGCUGGUUCGAAUGAUGGCCAUAGUGGUUCUCAUAUUACACACAACUUAGCACACGAGAAUCCUCCGUUCAUUCCCCGCUUUGGAGUCCUUAAAAUAAUUUUGAACGAUUCUGUUUUAACACCAACAACGCCUCGAACAGUGUUUGUUGGAGUUUGUUUGCCAACAAGUUGUGGCCGAGAGGAUUAUUUGACCAUCGCUGAGAUCGCGGGAAGAGAGUUUGAUACAAAGGUUGUAAAAGUUAAAGAUGUUCGAAUACCAAAUGCCGAUGGAUUCAAUCUGUGGACUGAUUAUACAUUUAUUAUAAUGAUAACAGUGUCAACUAUUGUUGGAAUUUUCAUGAUUUGCGGCACAGCUUACGAUUCAAAGUUAAGAAAAGAACAAAAGAUUAAAAAGGCUGGAAAGAAAUACUCAAAGGAUCUUAAUUCUGAUUCAUCGGGUUUGAAUUGCACAACUUAUGAUUUAACAAGAGCACUUGGAAGUGACAAUAAAACAAAUUGUGUCAACAUUGGAAUACCAUCGGGUUUAAACAACAAUAAUUCAGAUGAGAACCUUGCAACCGAGACUGUCAUUGUUGAAGAAAGGAAAUUGAAUUUGUUCGAAGAAAUUUUACUUUCAUUUUCUGUGACAUCAAAUUUUAAAGCGAUUUGUGACCAAGCUGUUGGCAACGAUACAAUUCCAUGUAUUCAUGGUAUUCGUGCUUUAUCAAUGGCGUGGAUCAUUCUCGGUCACACUUGUAUCAUUUCGUUCAAGUAUUCUGACAAUAUGGAGCUGAGAAAAGUUGUCGAACAGCAAUUCUUGUUUCAAACCAUUACAAACGGUGCAUUCAGUGUUGAUACUUUCUUUUUCAUCAGCGGAUUUCUAGUGUCGUUUAUAUACUUCAGGACAAACGCGAAAGGAAAAUUAGCAACACUUACCAAUGGCGUCAAUGAAUUUACAUCAGGAUUUUUACAUUUCGGAGGAUUAGUGCUUUACAGACUUGUUCGACUUUCAGCUCCAUAUCUUUACGUUCUUGGAAUUGUGGAAAUUACUAUGAAAUAUUUUGCGAGCAAUUCAGUUUUUGAGCCACCAACAAAUGAUCACAUAAAUUGUCCAAAAUAUUGGUGGCGAAAUGUGUUUUAUAUCAAUACACUGUUUCCAGUUGAUCAAAUGUGUAUGCUUUGGAGUUGGUACUUAGCUAAUGAUACGCAAUUCUAUAUAAUCGGGUCAAUCAUACUCAUUGUGGCAAUAAGACAUUUUAGAGUUGCAGCAUCUACACUUGGAAUGCUUAUGGUUUCAGCAUGGAUUACGACAGGAAUCAUCGCAUAUUCAAACAAUCAUAUGCCUAAUACAGAUGAUCCACUAGCACUUUUUGAUAAAAUCUAUGAUAAACCUUGGACUAGACUUGGCCCUUAUCUGGUUGGAAUGUGUGUUGGUUGGAUUUUGUUUAAAACAAAUUGUAAAAUUAAAUUCACAAAGAUCCAACUAGUAACUGGUUGGACACUUUCUGUCAGUGUUCUGCUUUAUUUAUUGUAUGGACUUUAUAAAACAGAAUUGACCAAAGUAGCAGCUGCAGCUUACAGUUCUCUAAGUCAUUCAGCUUGGGCUAUUGCUUUAGCCUGGAUAGUCAUAGCUUGCUCAACAGGCCACGGUGGUUUACUCAACAAAUUCUUUUCAGCUACAGUUUUAUAUCCGUUUUCAAGAGUUACCUAUUGUGCGUAUCUGGUGCAUCCAAUUGUGAUAAGAAUAUACGCACUUCAAUCUGAUGCACCUCUUCAUAUGAGUGUUGAAUCAAUGGUCAUCAUAUUUUUGGGACAAACAUGUGCAUCCUAUCUUUUAUCUUUCAUUGUUUCAUUAGCUUUUGAAGCCCCUGUUUGCGCUUUUUUGAGAAUUUUUUCAAGAUUUAGCAAUAAUCUUACUAUUAAAACCAGCACCGUUAACAAUUAAAUCUUCCCUUAUUUUUAAGACUCUUUAAGCAAUUUGUUUUUAUACAUAAAUAGAAUCAAUUUUAAUCUAUAAUGAAUUUAUGUUCAAUUUUCUUGUAAUUUCCUAUUUAUUUUUGUUUUACAAAAUUACGUUUUUUUUUAUUAUUGGUUUCUACUUUGUUUAUAUUGUGUUGUUAAGAGAAUAAAAAUUCCAAAUAUGAA